UCUGGUUCUUCUUCCUAAUCACUCUGGAUUGACUGGAUACACCGGGACCUGAUCUCCAAACGCGUGUCUAUAAUUUUCCGGUUUGCCGUGUUUUCACAGGCACACCCCACACGCCUUUACUUGUUGCUGCUCCACGGUGAUUCCAUGCGCGUUUCUAUCGAUCCCGGUGCCCCCUAUAUAAAAGGACGUGUCAUCGGUAGUCAUGAAAGAGGUAGAUCGGACCAAUAUUCCACCACGUAGCCCCGUGGAGGAUCGUCACAGCGGAACCACGACAGAGUGAGGGUGAACGCGUAAACCAAAUAGGAGACGUUGGGACCUGGUUGUGUCGGCGCGGAUGACUAAUUAAGAACCAAGUAAAAUGUUGCCUCAAGAAUGGCUACUGGCGUUUUUACUCGUGGGGCUGGCGACAGCGUUGACACCCUUGCCCCAUCAUUCGACGGAGGAGUCCCUGAAGAGCGCUUUGGACGCCAUUACUAGAAAACAACGAUCCCUGGAUACGAACUCGCAGGACUACUACAAUGAUCUACGUUCGUUUAAAUAUCACGGCGGAGAGAGAGAGAGAAAACUGGACAGAGAACGUCAAGGUGAAAGGGAAAUGGAAGAGGAAGAGGAGGAAAUAGAAUUCUUACCCAAUGAAACUGGGCAAUUAGAGACUGUUGGAAACGGUUUCCAAGAUUUGAACAAUAAACUGCUCGAGAAAGCCCUGAUUGAUUAUCUAGAGAACAUUCUCCAACAGCAGGAGGAACCAGUCACGUCGUUGUUCCGAGAACGCGAACGAAGUUCCAGUCGUAAAAGAGGUUACGGCCCCGAUCGGCUGAACUUCGAUAACAAGGAGCUGGCGAAAUUGUUCCUAGAGGAGCUGCAGGACGGGUCCUCGUAUAAUUUAGGGGAUUUGAACGACGAAGCGUACAUGGACGCUCGCCAGAUGAUGUACGAUCGGUACAGAGGCGAUCGAGGCAACAGGAUAUACGAGAAUUCAGGUCCGAUGUCGUGGGGGGCAUUGUUAAGCAAAGAGUCUAUGGGCCGAAGUCAGGGUAGAGAGCCUGACGAAAACGAUUUUGGCGAUCGAGAACAAGACCCGAAUCUAUUGUACCUGUCCAUGGGUGAACGAAGAAAUGUGAAUGGUGGGUAUCCCAUAGAACGUCCUCUGAGGACGUACCGAAAUAUGGCUAAACGGUACCCUGUUGCCAAGAGGAGUCCAAAGCCUACAUCUACCAAGAAACAAAUUACCGAUCCCAAGGUCGCACAAGAUCUGGGAGCGUUGUUUGGCAGUCAAGCGACGGAUAAUCAGAAUCACUCUCACACCCACAAGCAUGAUCACGAUCACGAUCACGAUCAUGAUCACGAUCAUAGUCAUGACCAGCAUGGGGAUCCCCAUAAACACGAGAGUACCUCAGAAACGCCGAAGGUAACUCCGCCGCCGAAAGGGCAAACGGAAAACGGGACGAAGUCAAACAAGUCAAAAUCUAUCGAGGUGAGGAAAAAGAGCGUCGAUUGGUCGCAGUACUUCGGCAUUGACAGGAGAAAGAAGAAAGCUACGUUCACGGCUGGCCAAGGGACACCUAACCAGGACGACGAGUGGAUGUUACAGCGAUACUACGAAAACAUGGUGGAGAAUCUGAAGGCAAAUGACCGCGAGUACGAAAAGGAAGCGAAUGAGAGGAAGGACAGGCUGAACCAGCUAGAUCCGAGACAGAAAACCAUCAGGGACCUGAUUGUCGAAGAAGCAUUAAAAUACGGGGACUCGAAAGAUGGUAUAGACAUGCAGAAGGUGAAAGACAAGGUAAUGGCACGAAUGGCUGCUGCGUAUUCCUUCGAAAAGAUGAGAAAAGCACUGAAUGAGCUUAGGAACUGGAUGGAAGCUCAAAGGGCCCGUCAGAAUCAAAAUCAGACCUCGAACUUUCGAGAAAAUGCUAAUAGCCCUAAAUCCAAGGAGAAACGCGUCAAUAACUUGAUCGAGGCUGAAGCUGUGGAAGAAAACAGAGCCUGUCCAGAACUAGAACUGAUCGAGAGACGAUGCAGAACGGUGGAUGCUUUAGGUGGAGACGAAUCGCAGAUGCUCUACCUUCCUUGUGUCAUGCUUCAGAUCUGCAAAGCCUGCGUACAGAACGACUUAGAAGAGGAAUGUUUAGGUAAUUACGCAGUGGAAGCGGGGAAGAUCUGCGACGCGCAAGAAAUCAGAGAGGGGCCGAAAAGCAAAGAGGCGUGCGCCAGCACGGCAUUGAUAUUGUCGCAGUUGCAGACCCCGGCGGCGAUUUCCGAUCAGUGCCGUGUCGAUGGGAAUGACUCUUGCUUGCGGCGUUACCAUUAUCGUUACUGGCGUCGUUAUCUCAACUACCCUUACAACGGGCGGCAGUUGGACAGCUACGAUAUGGCUGGUUCUCAACAGUCGGACCGAUAAAAGACCAGUAAAACGGUGUAGAUCAAGUGUGACGACGCGACGUCCACGACAACACCGCAUCGAAGAUCCUCUGUCGAGAAACGUGUGUGACUAUCCAGCAAAUUGGUGAUCUCAGAUCGAGCUUCAUUUCUAUAGUCGACUUUCAGUAUUUCAGUAUUUAUUUCGUCUGCAAGAAACCCGAAAGAGAGGGAGAAACAUCGAGGUCGUAGGGGUUGAGGGUGGGCCGUACGAGAAUGCUGAGAAAGAGUCUCACCUUUUAUCGAGCGAGUAGUUUCACUUAUAACGAAGGGGUCGAACGUUCGGAAUAACUUUCAAAGUCAGGGAUUCGAGAACACGUCAAUGAAGAUGGUUCAAAUUCAAUGUGGCUUCGAAUUUUCACCCGUAUAAUUGUUUACAACAGGCUGACUCUAUUCCGUAAACGAGUAUAUCGUUUAGCGUAACUGAAACGAAAGAUGAAACGACUGAAUUUCAAGCCUGACGAACGUUCCACUUGCGAGAUGCUUUUCCUCUUUAAAUGGUAUGGAAUAGUAAAACGCAACGAUGCGGGACAAUAAUUGACUGAAAUUUUCCUUCGUGAGAAUACGCACGAAUGUAAGAAAUUUCUAAAGUCUCGAGUAAUACGAUCGCAAUAAUUGUCCUAUUAACUUUUCGAUCGCAAGAUUACUGUAAUUUUUGAACAAAUAAAAAUUUGGAUAAACGCCUCGCAAGAAAAUUGUAACAGGAAAAUACAUUGAAACAGUCGUGUCGAGUAACGAAGAGGAUAAGUGCUAUUGCGUUCAAUUCAUUUCUCUUUUUUUUUUUUUUUUUUUUAAAUAGGAUGAUGACUUUCAGCAAUAUUCUCGCAGUCACAGAGUUAAAGGUUCAUUCUCAAAAGUUACUUUGUUCUUUGAGUUUACUCGAAUACACGCUUCCACGCAAAUGCUUCCACAUAAGAGCGGUGUUGCGUCAAAGUAUCUUGUUUAUCUGUUCUUCUUUUCCACCCAUCAAAACGGAACGUAUUAGGAAAUAUUUAAUAAAGUUUGGAAAGGACGCCAUUAAAUCUAUUCUCGUGUAAAUUUAUAUUUCGUCGGACAGAAGGAACCAAAAAAAGAAGGGAAAAAUACGUGUAUCUAUAUUGUCUGUCUUUGCGUUAUAAAAGCCAUGAAUACAUUCUAUGUGUCCUAUAUUCGAAUGUAAUAAAUAUAUUUCAAAGUAAGUGUA